AAAUUUUAUUUUUGCUCAAAGGGAGUUUGACGGCCUUUUGAGUGAUUUUAGCCAAUAGUUCACAAACUUCCUGAUAAUCAGAGAUUGAUUUUAAAAAAAAUAUUGAAAGUGAAAAUUGACAUUGCUCAAUUUUGCAGAUUCGGUCCGUCAUCAUAUUGCAAAUCUUUUUUUUUCCUUUUUUUUGUUGCAAUUUUUCGCAUUUUUACAUUGUAUGUCUUUUCGCUAUGACGUGUCUUGUAAAAAUGGAAUUGGAAUUGUACAUGGCAAAAACUGAUCGAUCCAAAACUUGAAUAAGAUUCUUGAUAAAACGUGUUGCCAAUCGAAAAACUUCAUUUGGGACACCGAAUAGCAAAAGUCCAUUUCUUGUCAGGCGAGCCAGGACCCGCCUUUUAAAGCCACGCACCUUCAAAGUCACAAAUACUACAGAGCUCGCGCACUCGACGUCACCAUUUUCCACGGCGCCAUAUUGCCGGUCAGACAAAGCUGCUCGGUGUUGUGGGAGUCGAACCCGAGCAGAUUUUUCACAAUGCCGAGACUUGUUGUGCUGUUGCUUCUCACGACAGACCAGACAGAUCUUCAAAGAGGUCAUUCGAUGGAAUAUCGGAUGAAAAGAUGGAUGGAUUUCGGAAAUUAAGCGGGAUGGAUGGCGGCCGACCAAAUACGCACGACUGUGUCGCGGUCGCUUCAUUUCAGGUGAAAGUCCACCCAGGUUCUCUCCUGACUGUUCCGCGUCGGCACCGGGACGCAUUUCGGGUCUUCGCUGCGUCAACAUGGCCGCCGAUCCGGAGGAGUGGAAGAGUCAAGAUGAGGUUCUGAGGAGGCGGCGCCACCAGGCCGGCCGAGAGCCGACGGGAGAGCAGAAACCGGCGUCGGACAUGAUUUACACCAUCGAGGACGUGCCCCCCUGGUACCUGUGCAUCCUGCUGGGCCUGCAGCACUACCUGACCUGCUUCAGCGGGACGGUGGCCGUUCCCUUCCUGCUGGCCGAGGCCAUGUGCGUGGGCCGGGACCAGAACACCAUCAGCCAGCUCAUCGGGACCAUUUUCACCACCGUGGGGAUCACCACGCUCAUACAGACCACCGUGGGAAUCAGACUUCCUUUGUUUCAGGCGUCUGCGCUGGCUUUCCUGAUCCCCGCCCAGGCCAUCCUCGGCCUGGAAAGGUGGACCUGCCCCAGCCAAGAGGAGAUUUAUGGCAACUGGAGUCUCCCGCUGGACACGUCGCACGUUUGGCAACCCCGCAUCAGAGAGAUCCAGGGCGCCAUCAUGGUGUCGAGCACGGUGGAGGUGGCCAUCGGUUUCCUGGGUCUCCCGGGCAUCCUGCUGGAGUACAUCGGCCCGCUGACCGUCACGCCCACCGUGUCGCUCAUCGGCCUGUCCGUCUUCACCACGGCCGGCGACCGCGCCGGGUCGCACUGGGGCUUCUCCGCGCUGUGCAUUCUCCUCAUCGUGCUGUUCGCGCAGUACUUGCGGACGACGUCGCUUCCCGUUCCCGUCUGCACCUGCAAGAAAGGCCUGACCUUGAGCAGAGUUCACGUCUUCAAGAUGUUUCCCGUAACCGACGUCGCGCCGGCUGGACGCGGUCCGGAAUGUUCGCCGAGGUUUUUUUUUUGGUGUGGGUUUUUUUUUCAGAUCAUCCUGGCAAUCAUUCUGGUGUGGCUCCUGUGUUACAUCUUCACCCUGAGCGACCUCCUGCCCAGCGACCCGCAGCGCUACGGCCACAAGGCGCGCACCGACGCCCGCGGGGACAUCAUGGCCUCCGCCCCCUGGUUCAGGGUGCCGUACCCCUGCCAGUGGGGGGUGCCGGUGGUGACGUUGGCGGGCGUGCUGGGCAUGUUCAGCGCCACCCUGGCGGGCAUCGUGGAGUCCAUCGGCGACUACUACGCGUGCGCUCGCCUCGCCGGGGCGGCGCCGCCUCCGGUCCACGCCAUCAACAGAGGAAUCUUCACCGAGGGCGUGUGCUGCAUCAUCGCCGGACUCUUGGGCACCGGAAACGGUUCCACGUCCUCCAGCCCCAACAUCGGCGUGCUCGCCAUCACGAAGGUGGGCAGCCGUCGGGUGGUCCAGUACGGCGCCGGCAUCAUGCUACUGCUGGGAUGCGUCGGAAAGUUCACGGCUCUGUUUGCGUCCCUGCCGGAUCCCAUCCUGGGAGGGAUGUUCUGCACGCUCUUUGGGAUGAUCACAGCGGUGGGGCUUUCCAACCUGCAGCUGGUGGACCUGAACUCGUCUCGCAACCUCUUCGUGCUGGGUUUCUCCAUGUUCUUCGGCCUGACGCUGCCCGCCUACCUGGACGCGCACCCCAAGUGUAUCGACACGGGUGUGGAGGAGCUCAACCAGAUCCUGACGGUUCUUCUGUCCACCGAGAUGUUCGUCGGAGGUUUCCUGGCCUUCUGCCUGGACAACACCAUUCCAGGGACGAGAGAGGAGCGCGGCCUCCUGCAGUGGAGCGCCUUGACGUCGUCGGCGUCCUCGUCGCCCUCGUACGACUUCCCCGCCGGGAUGGCGCUGGUCCGACGGGUCGGAUGGCUCAGGAGGUUGCCCGUCUGUCCCACCUUCAGGGGGUGGGGCGCUCCCGAAGACACGCCCUCCCUGCGGGGAGCAUCCCAGGUGGAGCGAGGGGCGGAGCUUACGGAGGAAGACGCCGACACGUCCACCAAGGUUUAACGCGUGUACCACGUGACGCUGCCGCCUGCACACGUGGAAAUUGCGUGUUUUGAAUUUUGAUGUAGGAUGGGCGCGUUAAAGCGUUUCUGUGCGUCAGACGUUUUGUCAUUUGCAUCGAUUUGUACACAUGGCGUAUGUUCUUAUCAAUUAUUUUUGUCAUGUGUGAUACUUGAAAUUUUUAGGCCUCGACAACACAUUAUUUUUUUUUUUAAGUCUGAUUUAUACUGUGAAAUAUGUGUGUUGCAUUCCAUGACAGAAAAUCUAAAAUAUAUUAAUUUUGUUCAAAGGGACCA